AUGUUUGCGAUAGUAUCAUUGGUACGUUGUUGGAGAUCCUUGGAAAAAAAUAAAGAUGGGAUUACUGCUCGUUUGGAUUUAUUGAACAUGUGGGUCAAGAGUGAUUUGCAACCUGAGUAUGGAGAAAGACGUACUCGCUUGCCUCCAAGGCCUAGGAAUUUGUCAAGAGCAGAGAAGAGAGCGGUUUGCAAUUCUUUUUAUGGUAUGAAGGUCCUUGAAGAUUCAAGACUUCUUGGACUUAAAUCUCAUGAUUGUCAUACCUUGAUGCAACAAUUGCUCCCUGUGGCAAUUCGUUCUGUUUUGGAGAAGUCUGCAAGGUAUAUGAAAGUGCUAAAAGGGUAUGUUCAAAACCGUACUCGACCGAAAGGUUGCAUUGUUGAGCGGUAUAUAGCUAAAGAAGCUGUAGAGUUUUGCACCGAGCAUUUAUCUUAUGUUAAUACAGUUGGAGUGCCUUCAAGCCAAAAGAUGGGAGUUUCGAAGCCAUUAUCAAGUUGCACAGUAAGCUUAGUUGAUCGGGACUUGUUAAACCAGGCACAUUUAUAUGUCUUGGAGAAUACGGAGGAAGUCCUACCUUAUAUCGAGGAACAUAUGAUCCACAUCAAGACCACUUAUCCAAAAUUUAGAAAGAGAACAAAGUGGCUGCAAGAUAAGCACAAUAGCACUUUCAUUCAAUGGCUCCACUUUAAGGUUCAAAGUGAACUUAAUGGGGAGGAGCAUAAUGGUGUAUCAGAAAAUUUGAGGUGGCUAGUAGCUGAUCCAAGCAUGGCAGUGCCAUCAUAUAGGAGCUAUCUUAUUAAUGGUGUUAAAUUUAACACCAAGGCACAAGAUGAUGUGCAAACUGUCCAAAAUAGUGGAGUUUAUUUACUUGCACAUACUAUGCAAGUUGCUAGUGCCAAGGAUAAACACCCUAUUGUCUCCAAUAUGGGUUUUUAUGGUGUUAUUCAAGAAAUUUGGGACCUUGACUACCAAAAGUUUAGAAUCCCAGUCUUGAGAUGUGAUUGGAUAGAUAACACUUCGGGCCUUGUAGUCGACGAACUUGGAUUUACCCUUGUAGAUCUGAGUAAAAUUGGACAUAGGAAUGACCAACUAGUUAUGGCUUCUCAAGUCAAACAAGUAUUUUAUGUUGACGACCCAAUGCAUCGUGGUUGGUCGGUAGUGUUAUCAAUGCCUAAUAGGGAAUAUAAUGAUGUUAUUGGUGAUGAUGUGCUAGGUGAUACUAGAAUUGAGUGUGAGCCAUUUACUAGAGGGAUACCAAAUGUUGACACAUUUGAUGACCUAGUGGGUGAGUUUGGGAAUGAAAAUAUUAGAGAUGGGUGUGAAGAUAUAUGGAUUGAUUGA